AUGAGGAAUCCGACUAAUACAGACAUAGACAAAAUCAUCUCCGCCGAGAUCCCAGAUGAGAAAAAUGACCCUGAAGGAUAUAAAUUGGUCGAGCAGUUUAUGACGCAUGGUCCAUGCGGCAAAGAUAAUCCCAAUUUGGCAUGCACUGAGAAUGGGAUAUGCAGCAGAGGUUUCCCAAAACCAUACUCCCGUCAAACAGAAUUCGAUGAUAAAGGGUUUGUCACAUAUCGACGUCGGCAUGAUUCAACGAACUACAUUACUAAAGGGGGUAAACAGCUAGACAACCGAUAUGUUGUCCCACACAAUCUCCCAUUGCUUAAAAAGUACAAAGCCCAUAUCAAUGUCAAGUGGUGUUGCAAAACAGAGGCGAUAAAAUAUUUGUUUAAAUAUGUGACCAAGGGAGUUGACAAGGCCACCAUUGUUGUUGAAAAAAACACAGGCUCUACUGAAGGGGAUGGAACCAGCAACAAAAACACCGAAGACGUAGACGAAAUAAGAAAGUAUCAAGAAUGUCGAUAUCUAUCAGCAUGUGAGGUGAUGUGGCGCAUCUUUGCCUUUGACAUUCAUUACAGCCAGCCAGCCUUACUACGCCUUUCCUUGCAUUUACGAGACCAACAACCUGUUACAUAUAGUGCAGACCAAAGCCUUGAGAGUGUAAUCUCACGACCAGGUAUUGACAGAACAAUGUUCACAGAGUGGAUGAAGACGAACAAAACAGACUCUUUCGCACGUACAUUAACAUAUGCUCAAUUCCCACUAUGGUAUGUGUGGAAUACAACCCCAAAAACGUGGACAAGAAGAAAGCAAGGUUACACCAUCGGCCGAAUUGUCAACAUUCAUCCAACAGUAGGCGAGUUGUACUACUUGAGACUGCUUCUAGGCGUGGUCAUAGGACCAACAAGUUAUGACGACAUUCUAACAGUAGAUGGAAUCAUGUACGAGAACUUCAAAGAUGCGUGUUUGGCCAGGGGUAUGCUUGAUGGAGAUAAAGAAUGGAUAGAAGCAUUAGAGGAAACUCGUCAGUGGGGUUUCCCAUGCCAGCUGCGUAGUCUCUUUGUGACACUCUUAAUCUAUAGUUAUGUUAGUAGCCCAUUGAAUUUGUGGAACCAUUGUUGGCGGUAUAUGGGAGAUGAUAUUGAGCACACGCAAGGGAAAAAACUAAAGCUCCCUAAACUUCACCUCAGAGAGGAGCAACUAAAGAACUACACAUUGCUAGAGAUUGAGAAAAUCCUGCAGCAACACGACAAAACACUUGCAGACUUCCCGGAUAUGCCAUUGCCAGACAAAGAGAUGAUGAAAGAGCUUAAUAAUUCAUAUCUUAUAGAAGAGCUAGGUUACGACGAGGACGAACAACAAACAGAGCAUGAUCGUUUAUUUGGCAGUUUGAAUCAGGAACAGAGAAUGGUCUUCGAUGGAGUGAUGGACUCCCUAGAAAAUGGAGACGGCAGAUUCUUCUUCCUUAAUGGACCAGGGGGUACUGGGAAGACGUACUUAUACACAACAUUAAUAACAAAGUUAAGAGCUAUGAAGAAGGUGGUAUUGCCAGUUGCAUCCUCAGGCAUUGCAGCUUUGCUUCUCCCAGGAGGCCGAACAGCCCACUCAAGAUUCAAAAUACCAAUAAACCUCCACGAGCAUUCUAUGUGUGAUAUCAGAAAAGGAUCAAUGCUUGCUGAGCUGUUAAGGAAAACAGAUUUGAUCAUUUGGGAUGAGGCACCUAUGACGCAUCGUUUUGCGUUUGAGGCGGUAGACAGAUCAAUGCGGGAUCUUUUAGCAGAAGAUGAUCCCAAAGCAAUGCAUAAACUCUUUGGAGGCAAGACAGUAUUACUUGGUGGCGAUUUCCGGCAAAUCCUACCCGUUAUAACAGGAGGAAGUCGGCAAGACACGGUCUUAGCAACAAUAAACAGAUCAUACCUGUGGGAUUCAUGUAACUUCUAUAGCCUGACCCAGAAUAUGCGUCUAAAAGUCGAUGAGAUCAAAUUUGCUCAGUGGAUACUUCAAGUUGGGGAUGGAACAGCACCAAAAAGAGAACAACAUAGAAAUAGCUACGACGAGGUUGACGACAUCAAAAUAAAUAGAGCACUUCUGUUACACAACGGCGACAAACGGAUUGCACAAUUAGCGGCUGAUGUAUAUACGGAUUUCACGAACUCGUACCUAGACAGAGAAUACAUAACAAAGAGGGCGAUUCUAACUCCAAAGAAUGACACUGCUCAUGAACUCAAUAUGUUUCUCCAAAACAAGAUCCCAGGCGACGCCAAAACAUAUUUGAGUUUCGACAGUAUAGAGAUGGAUGGGGAUUCAACCGACUCAGAUGAGCUGUUAUACCCAGCAGAAUUUCUAAACUCACUCAAAAUCUCAGGAAUGCCAGAUCAUUGUUUGGAACUGAAAAUAGGCUCUCCAGUUAUGCUCAUACGAAACUUGAAUCAGAAAGAAGGACUUUGCAAUGGAACAAGGCUAAUAGUUACACGAUUGGGGACCAGAGUCAUUGAAGCAGAGAUAUUAACUGGGAUAGCAGUUGGAAACAAGGUGGUCAUCCCAAGGAUAAUACUGUCUCCACCUGAUGAGAAGUGGCCAUUCAAAUUAAAAAGACGCCAAUUCCCUCUUCGUUUGAGCUAUGCAAUGACUAUUAAUAAAAGUCAAGGGCAAAGUUUGGAACAAGUGGGCUUAUAUUUGCCUAAACCAGCUUUCAGUCAUGGACAACUGUAUGUGGCCCUAUCCCGAGUAACAUCAGAAGCAGGACUGAAGGUCCUAAACAUGGAGGAGGAGGCAACACAUACAAUUAAAAACAUUGUAUACAAAGAAGUAUUCAACAACACCAAAGCCAGUAGGUGA